CAUUCCGCUAUGGGGAGGAUCGGCUGCGGGGAACAUGGCGCAUUCACUGCCGAUUAACUUUCUCUGGGAAGAGAAACAACCCAGGAAGCAGAAAGUUUGGAGAGAGGCCGCUUAAGGAGCGCUGGAGCUGAUCCACAGCCAAGGGGAGAAAGUCCUGCGCUGGUUUGGAUGGUUUUCCUGCUCUGCCUCAGUUCUGCUGCUGCUGGAUCAAAGUUUAGAGGAUUUACCGGAGAUGGAAAAGCCCAGAGCCAGGAAAGAAAAGUUCUCUCUUUUUGGCUCUCGCUCCACAAGCAGAGCUACCAACCCUCCCUCCUCAUCCUCUCGAUCUUCUUCUCCUGGGAUCCAUCCAGCCACGGUCGGGAAAAGGAGAGAUCGAGUUUCCGCCUCUGGUUCGGUCACCCUAAGCAAAGCUGAGUUCCUUGAACGUGUGCGUCACAGUAACCAGGCCUGCCAGCAGGGGGAGUUUGCCCUGGCUGUUCGUCUCUACACUGAAGCCCUCACAGCGGAUCCACAAAACUGUAUCCUGUACAGCAACCGAUCGGCAGCUUAUCUGAGGCUUGGACAGUACAGCAAGGCUCUGGAUGAUGCAAUCAAAGCUCGACUCAUUAACCCUAAAUGGCCCAAGGCUUACUUUCGUCAAGGGGUUGCCCUCCAGUACCUGGGUCGUCAUGCCGACGCCCUGGCAGCGUUCGCCUCAGGCCUCGCCCAGGACCCAAAAAGUCUCCAGCUGCUCGUCGGCAUGGUGGAGGCUGCCAUGAAAUCCCCACUCAGAGACACGCUUGAGCCCACCUACCAGCAGCUGCAGAAGAUGAAGCUGGACAAGAGCCCGUUCGUGGUUGUGUCUGUCAUCGGCCAGGAGCUGCUGACACACGGUCACCACGGGGCCUCGGUUGUAGCGCUGGAGGCAGGGUUGAAGAUCGGCACUUGCUCUUUAAAGCUUCGUGGAUCGGUCUUCUCUGCUCUGAGCUCAGCGUAUUGGAACCUUGGAGAUGUGGAGAAAAGCAUGGCUUACAUGCAGCAGGACCUGGAAGUUACCAAGACUCUAGGUGACCAGUCGGGCGAAUGCCGUGCUCAUGGGAACCUUGGCUCUGCGCUGUUCUCUAAAAGCAACUACAGAGAAGCGCUGGCUCACCACAGGAACCAGCUGGUACUGGCCAUGAAGCUCAAGGACAGAGAAGCCGCUUCAGGAGCGCUCAGCAGUCUGGGCCAUGUUUACACAGCCAUAGGCGACUACCCCAACGCACUGGCCAGCCACAAACAGUGUGUCCUGCUGGCCCGGCAGACCCAGUGCCAGCUAUCUGAGGCGCGCCAGCUGGGCGACAUGGGUGCUGUUUACACAGCGCUGGGAGACUUCACCAAUGCUGUCCAGUGUCACGAGCAACACCUGGACAUCGCAAAGUCUCUAGAGAACCGGCGAGAGGAGGCCCGCGCGUACAGCAACUUAGGCAGUGCCUACCAUUCCCAGCGAGACUUUGACAAGGCCAUAUCUUACCAUACGAAGGUGUUAGAGUUGGCACAGGAGCUGUCGGACAAAUCGAUUGAGAUGAGGGCAUACGCUGGUCUGGGUCACGCUGCUCGAUGCAUGCAGGACUUGGAGAGGGCCCGUCAGUACCACCAAAACCAGUUAGAGAUUGCUCAGGAGCUACAAGACAGAGGGGCCCAGGGCCGAGCCUCCUCCAACCUGGGCAUCAUUCAUCACAUGAAGGGGGAGUAUGAAACGGCGCUGAAGCUCCAUAAAGCCCACCUGUCUUUAGCCCAGGAACUGGGCGACUACGCAGCUCAGGGGAGGGCCUACGGUAACAUGGGCAACGCCUACCAUGCUCUGGGCAUCUACGACCAGGCAGUGCGGUACCACCGACAGGAACUGCAGAUCUCUCUGGAGGUGAACGAUCGUCAGUCACAGGCAUCUACUCACGGUAAUCUGGCUGUGGCUUAUCAGGCGUUGGGGGCUCAUGACCGAGCUCUCCAGCACUACCGUCACCACCUGACCAUUGCACGGGAACUCAGAGACACUCAAACUGAAGCAAGGGCUCUAGCAAACCUCGGUAACUUCCAUAGUUGGAGGGGAGAGUACGCUCAGGCGCUACCAUACUUCCAGCAGUAUCUGGCUUUGUCUCCUGGGCUGCAGGACCUGGAAGGGGAAGGAAAAGUCUGCCACAACCUGGCCUACGCUCACUACUGUCUGGGACAGUACAAAGACGCUGUCAGGUAUUACGAGCAGGACCUGGCCUUGGCUAAAGACCUCCAGGACAAAUUAGCACAAGCAAAAGCCUACUGCAACCUCGGCCUGGCCCACAAAGCUCUAGGAGAGUACAGCAGAGCGGAAGAGUGUCAGAGAUACCUGCUCUCUCUAGCACAAGCUCUGGAUAACACACAGGCGGUUUUCAGAGCCUACGGGAACCUCGGGGAUGUGUUUGUGUGUCGGGGGGAUCUCCCAGGAGCUGUGAAGUUCUACCAGCAGCAGCUAAGUUUGGCUCAGAAAGCUGCCGAUCAAAAGAUGGAGGCUGAUGCGUACGCAGCGCUGGGAUCAGUUCACAGGCUUCUUCGCCAGCUGGACGCCGCCUUGUCCUUCCACAGCCAGGAGCUGACUCUCCGUAAGGACCUGGCCGACCCCCAGGGGGAGUGCCGGGCCCUGGGCCACCUGGCAGCAGUCCAUAUGGCACAGGGGGACUACACCACAACCUUCCAGUGCUACGAAAGCCAGCUGGGGCUGGCGCAGGGGCUCAGAGACGCCCGUCUGGAGGCCCAGGUCCACGGAAACAUGGGCAUCACCAAGAUGAACAUGGCGGUGUUUGAGGAAGCUAUUGGAUACUUUGAGCAGCAGCUGGCCAUGCUGCAGCAGCUGAGUGGAAGCGAGGCUAUGCUGGACAGAGGGAGGGCCUACGGGAGCCUGGCGGACUGCUACGACGCUCUGGGAGACUACGAGGAGGCCAUCCAGUACUACGAGAAAUACCUGACCGUGGCUCAGAGUCUUAACCAUGUCCAGGAUCAGGAGAAAGCCUACAGAGGACUUGGAAACGCACACAGGUCCAUGGGCAGUCUGCAGCAGGCACUGGUGUGCUUUGAGAAGCGGUUGGUGGUAGCUCAUGAGCUCGGCGGUGAAGGAGGGGGUAAAGCUCAGGCUUAUGGGGAGCUGGGCACCAUACACAGCCAGCUGGGUAACUACGAGCAGGCUCUCUCCUGUCUGGAGCAUCAGCUGAGCAUCGCUCGCUCAGCAGGGGAUAAAUCCCUGGAGGCAGAGGCAAGCGAUGCCCUGGGAGGCGUUUAUCAGCUGAUGGCAGACAACGAAACUGCUCUGCAGUGGCACCAGAGGGCGCUGAGCAUCGCUGAGCAGACGGGCUGCGUGAGGAGCCAGGGCCGAGCCUAUGGAAACCUGGGUCUGACCUACGAGGCUCUGGGAAACUACGAGCGAGCCGUGGUGUUUCAGGAACAGCAUCUCAGCGUGGCGGCGCAGACCAACGAUCUGAUGGCCAAAACUCUGGCCUACGGAAGCCUGGGGAGGACACAUCAUGCCCUGCAGAACUACGCCCAGGCUGUGAUGUACCUGCAGGAAGGUCUGCGGCUGGCUGAGCAGUUGGGUCGGAGGGAAGAUGAAGCAAAGCUUCGUUAUCGCCUCGGUCUGUCUCUGUGGGCCGGCGGUAACUUGAAGGAAGCCCAACACCAGCUCUACAGAGCGUCUGCACUGUUCGAGACAAUCCGUCAUGAGACUCAACAAAAUCUGGAUUACAAGCUCUCCCUGUUUGAUCUGCAAACCAGCUCAUACCAGGCUCUCCAGAGAGUCCUUGUCAGCCUAGGGCGACAUGACGAGGCCCUGGCCAUAGCAGAGCGAGGGCGGACGCGUGCGUUUGCUGAUCUCCUGGUGGAGCGCCAGAGAGGAAGCAAGCAAGCAGCGAGCGCUGACCCUUACAUCCCGGUCACUGUGGAGCACAUCCUGGAGACGGUCAAUGGUCAAAAGGCGUUGAUCCUCUACUACUCCUUGGCAGGAGGCUUUCUGUACAGCUGGCUGAUUUCUCCAGGCACAGGCAUCGUGAAGUUUAACGAGGUGUACCUGGGUGAGGGAGGGCCAGACACUUCUGAGUUCCAGGACGGUGCAAGGAGUCCUCAUGGAGGAGGUUCUGUGUCUUUGGAUCAGUACAUCUGCAGCGCUAGAGAGGCACUGGGAGUGGACAGCCAUCACAGCAGGUAGACAUUAACACAAAGAAAAACAAGUCUUCUAGUUCAA